AGCUAGAUAGAGUGGAUAGGAGUCGAACCAAAAACGGAUUUUCAGCGGAUAAAAAGCAGCGGAGACUCUGAGCUUGGAGAUGGAUGCCGUACAGUUCUCGACCGUUGCCUCCCGCCAUUUCUCCUCUAGCUUUUUGACGAGAAACAAUCACAGAGACUUAAACCUCUCCAAAUGCAGGAGAAUUUCCUCUGGUUUUCGUUCUUCAUGGACUGGUUCCAGCAGCGUCUCUUCCCUUUCUUCCAGAAACUUGUUCGCUAGAGAGAUAUGGGGCUGGGUGAAUUGCAAGAGCGUUACUUUCAAAAGAGACGUUCGUGGCGUGGUAAAGGCGGAAAUGUUUGGGCAGUUAACAAGCGGCCUUGAAGCGGCUUGGAGCAAGCUCAAAGGAGAAGAGAUUUUGACCAAGGACAAUAUUGCGGAGCCUAUGAGAGAUAUCAGGAGAGCUCUUCUGGAAGCAGAUGUGAGUCUUCCUGUUGUUAGAAGGUUUGUGCAAUCAGUAAGCGACCAAGCCGUGGGUGUUGGCCUCAUACGAGGAGUGAAACCUGAUCAGCAGUUGGUCAAGAUUGUACAUGAUGAGCUUGUAAAAUUGAUGGGUGGGGAGGUGUCUGAACUGGUUUUUGCAAAAUCUGGCCCCACUGUUAUAUUACUGGCUGGUCUACAAGGAGUUGGAAAGACAACUGUUUGUGCAAAGUUAGCUAAUUAUCUCAAGAAACAGGGGAAGUCUUGCUUGCUUGUUGCUGGAGAUGUGUACAGACCUGCCGCUAUAGACCAACUUGUCAUUUUGGGUGAACAGGUGGGUGUGCCUGUUUACACUGAGGGUACGGAGGUUAAACCUUCAGAAAUAGCUAAAAGAGGCUUGGAGGAGGCCAAAAAGAAAAGCUUAGAUGUGGUCAUAGUAGACACUGCUGGAAGACUGCAGAUAGACAAAGCAAUGAUGGAUGAGCUAAAAGAAGUGAAGCGGGUAUUGAAUCCCACAGAAGUGUUGCUGGUUGUGGAUGCAAUGACUGGCCAAGAAGCAGCAGUGUUGGUUUCAACCUUCAAUCUUGAAAUUGGAAUUACGGGUGCCAUUUUGACAAAGCUAGAUGGGGAUUCUAGAGGUGGUGCAGCCCUAAGCGUCAAAGAGGUAUCAGGGAAGCCAAUUAAGCUUGUAGGGCGGGGAGAGCGAAUGGAGGAUCUUGAACCUUUCUACCCAGAUCGUAUGGCUGGUCGCAUCCUAGGAAUGGGAGAUGUUCUUUCAUUUGUAGAGAAGGCACAAGAAGUCAUGCGCCAAGAAGAUGCUGAAGACUUGCAAAAGAAGAUAAUGAGUGCCAAGUUUGACUUCAAUGAUUUCCUAAAGCAAACUCGCGCAGUUGCGCGUAUGGGUUCCAUGACUCGUGUCAUAGGGAUGAUCCCAGGAAUGGGGAAGAUUACUCCUGCACAAAUUCGAGAAGCGGAGAAGAGUUUGAAGAUAAUGGAAGCAAUGAUUGAAGCAAUGACUCCUGAGGAAAGAGAGAAGCCAGAAUUGUUGGCAGAAUCUCCUGACAGGAGGAAGAGAGUUGCUCAGGAUUCCGGGAAAACAGAGCAGCAGGUGAGUCAACUUGUUGCUCAACUAUUCCAAAUGCGCGUCCGUAUGAAGAAUCUAAUGGGCGUAAUGGAGGGGGGAUCUAUUCCUGCUUUGAGCAAUCUUGAGGAUGCGCUUAAAGCUGAGCAGAAGGCUCCUCCUGGUACUGCAAGAAGGAAGAGGAGGUCAGAAUCAAGGAGGCAAUUUGCGGACUCAGCAUCGUCAAGGCCUAGUCCACGUGGGUUUGGGUCCAAAAAUUAGGAAUUUAAGGUGGUGGGCAUUGGAACCACGAGUUCAAGCCAAUGGAUCAUAGACCUCACCCUAAGGGGUCCGGUGGUUAGAGUUAAAUGUUUCUUGAGCUACGAUAACUCGAUUGUCUUACUAUUUUUUUUUUUACUGGAUUGUCUUACUGUGAGUGCGUCGAGGCGAGGAGUUUUUGCCAGUCACGGUAAAACGACACCGUUUAUUGAUGUUUGUAAGUUGUUUCAGGACCCAACUGUCAUUUAGAAACAAAAACAAUGGACCAAAAACAUGAUGGUAAUGUCUUCUACAUUACUUAUAAGAAGUCGUUUUGCUCUUGAUUA